CAGUGUGGAGCCCCUACUGCGACGAUCCAUGGUCGAGGUCGACUUACAACGCGUUGAAAAGGAGCCAGGUCUACACUUAAUGGAAUGGAAUGUGGAUCCAAACGCAAACGCGUGUAUAUUCCAUCUAUGAUCGACAAGUCUUUAAUAAUCCACUCCAAACGGUAGCGUCACUUGCAACAAGACGAGGGGUGACAUCAGGAUCAAAAGCGAGAAUCAGGCACACUCGGGUCGGAACGACAGGGACCAAACUCAUCAGUAGCAACGGAGAGCAAAUGGAAGGAGAAAAGGCCCGGCGGGUUGGGCUCCACGUCGUCAACAAAACGAUGCGGAUCAAUGUUAAAAACUCACAGACUGGUACGUGCAAUGCUUUACAGCCAGAAGUUUUGGCUUUCUUAGCGAAGAAUCGUGCAGACAAGGAAAAGGAAAAGUAUAAUCGGGCCACUAACAAGGUGGAGCAUUGCGAAUGGAAGAUAAGCUAAAAUGCAUUUAUUUUCGUUCUCUUUCUUUCUCCGUGGUAUGGGGGACUUCUCUCAGCAUAUCCCGAGCUGCAUGUCCAGUGAUUCAAAGCAAAGUUCUCACCCUUAUACCCCUCUUUGAUGAUAGUCGGGCAAUUAUCACACCACUAUUCUUC